AUGGGCUUAGCAGCAGCGAAAAACAAGCGCAAGCUCGCCAAAGAUCCCAACAAUACGAAAUGGAGCCGCAACACCGACUCGUUCGGCCACCGCAUGCUGCGCUCCCAGGGCUGGGCCCCGGGCCAGUAUCUCGGACCGGAAGAUGCGUCCCAUGCCGAGUUCCACACCGCCGCCAGCGCCUCGCACAUCCGCGUGGCACUGAGGGCUGACAACCUCGGGCUCGGUGCCAAGAAGAACCAGGGCGACGAGUGCACCGGCCUCGACGUAUUCAAGGACCUGCUCUGCCGCCUCAACGGCAAGGACGAGGCCGUCAUUGAGGAGCAGAAGAAGGCCAGGGAGAUCAUCAAAAUGAGCCACUACAUCGAGCGGAAGUUUGGCGCGGUGAGGUUCGUCCGUGGUGGGCUGCUGGUGGGCGACCAGGUGCAGAAGUUGCUGGACGAUGCAGAGGCUGCGGCCGCCGCCAAGGAAGAAGAGAAGUCGAUCAAGGCCGAGCCGGCGGAUGACUCCGAGGCGUCCGUCGAGUCCGCGCCCCCCAAGAAGGACAAAAAGUCGAAGAAGCGCAAGGCAGAGACCGAUGGCGAUGACGACGACACCGACAGAAAAUCGGAGAAGAGACGUAGGAAAGAGGAGAGGAGGAAGGAAAAGGCCAAGAGAAAGAAGGACAGAAGCGCCAGAUCUGGCUCGCCGUCGCCCGAGGAGCCAGACUCCAAGAAAUCCAAGUCCGGCAAGAAGAAGAAGAGCAAAAGCAAACGUGAGACGGACGACACAGAGAGCGCAGACCAGUCGAGCAAGGAUAGCGAAAAUGUCACGGACUGCGAUGCGGCGGCGGUGGCGGCUGUGGUGGCAGGCAGACACCUGGCCAGGAAGCGGUUUAUUGCGCAGAAGAGGCGCGCGGUUAUGGACCCAGCAGCCUUGAACCAGAUUUUUAUGAUCAAGACGUGA